CGACCUGCCUGCUGUCUCGAUCCGGUGCACGAUUAAAGCAGAGCCAAGUCACUUCUUCCCCAACUUAUCUCUGGCUCUCUCUCUCUCUCUCUCUCUCUCUCUCUCGCCCACUUCACGCGGCGGCGGAGGCGGCCGGAUUUUACCUCGUAGCGGCGGCGAAAGGCGACGAGGAGGGAAUAUGGACCCCCUUUUAUGAUCCCCUGGCUUUGUUCUCGAUCUGCGUUUCCCCUUUGCAUUUGGAUCUGGAUUCCUUGUGUGAGCACGCAGUACUCACCUUCUAGCUUUUCCCACUCGGAUGUGGAAAGUUGGGGCCCAGUAGAUCGCUGCCUGCAGGAAUGCUGCAUUCCGUGUGGGUCGUUUUGACCUUCAGUUCUGCUUUCUGGGCUUAAAGUUUGAGAAUUUCGCCAAGCUUUUUCUCCCUUCCUCUGGGUUGCUGGAAUACUGGGGGUGAUUGAUUGAUGCGCACUGUUGAACCAGUUUUCUGUUCCGUUUAUUCUUCGUCUCGCAGUUGUUGGAGGGAUGAUUUUUCGUGAUUCUCCGUAAUGUGUCGGUAAACGUUGGGUUCGGGUCGCUGUUCGAAGUGUGUUCGUAGCGAUUCUCCUGGAAUACGUGCGCGAUGCGUUUCCCUUGGAACUAUGCUUGCCUUUUUUAUUGCAACUUUUUCACAAGAAAACUACUCGACCGAUAAAGUUCGGAAACCCAAUGAACGUCUUCCAGAGCUCGUGGGAGCUACAGAAUCCGGAAUCUUUUUCAGGAUGCAUGAGAAAGAUGAUUAGCAUGCUUAACUUGAGCGCCGGCAUGGCCAGAUCCAGACUUCUUACCGAGAGGCCACAUCAAGCGUCUGCUAAAGGUGUUUCCAAUGUGAUAAAGAGGUCAAUAUAUCCUGUCGCGGAGGAUACGGGGAAACAAAGAAGAAGUGAACAAAGGAGUCGCUUUCUCAACAAAAUAUCAGGCAGAACUCAGGUUAAAAUGCUCAUAUCACAGGAAAUGUGUGGUGAUACAGGGUCUAGAGAGAAGCCACCAAGUGUGAUUGCAAAAUUAAUGGGUCUUGAUUCUAUACCAGUGCAGAAAUCAGAGACAAGCAGGGGUAAAGUAAAAGGCAAUAGCAAUGCUUUGACUGGUGAGUUAACACAAUGCCAAUGGCAGGAGGGAAACUAUGUUGGAAAACCCAAUGAGGAGGAUAUAGAUGCAUAUGAAGUAGAAACACCAAGAAAGGAUAUUUGGAUUGAAGAGCAAUCUCUGCAGAAGGUAAGAGUUGAUGAGAAUUCAAAUCAAAGAAGAAUGGUUCUUGUUCGGGAGAAGUUUCUAGAAGCCAAACGUUUGGCCACUGAUGGUAAGCUUGUGGAUUCUCAGGAAUUCCAAGAUGCAGUUGAGGUUCUGAACUCAAACAGAGAUUUAUUUAUUAAAUUUCUAGAAGAAUCAAACUCAGUGCUCACAAAAAAAGUCUUGAAGCAACAGAAUCUCUCUCUACCUUCUCAGACAACUCUUAUAACUGUGCUGAAACCUUCCAAUACCAGGGACAGUAAAGGAAACCAGCUCAUUGAAAACCAGCUUUUAUCUGAUUCUAAUGGAAGUAUAGGAAAGAGAAAUAGUCAUUAUUGGAGCACUGGUUCCUGUGAGCCAAUGCAAGAAGCUUUAUCUCAAGGAACAAGAAUAGUUGUUCUAAAGCCCAUCCCAGGGAAACCCUUUGACACAAAGACCAUACUUCCCAGCAAUUUACCAAUAUUGCUAGAUACACAUAGCUCUAAUGGAGAUCUGAUCAUUUCUGAUGAAUUGUCAAAUUCAAGAAAAGCACUUGAGGAGGUAAGUGAGGAUGAGGAAGGAACCUUGUGUAGCAACACAAAAUAUGAAGCCUUGUCUUCCUCUGUUUUGUCAAAUGGAUACAUUGGUGAUGAGAGUUCAUUCAAUAGGUCAGAUUGUGCGUAUUUGGAAGAUGAGAUUGGCAGUACAAGUCAGUCUGAUGUUGCAACUUCGGCCAUAGAGUGUUGGGAUUACAUCAAUAAAAUUGGUAGUCCACUGUCAACCUCAUCCUCUAAUCAAACAUCACAUUCUCCUGAAUCAUCAGUAAUUAUAGAAGCCAAGAAAGGGUUUUCAGAGAGGCUAGCUGCAGUAGAAUCCAAUGUUAAUUUUCAAGAAGCAAGGCAUUUGAAAACCAACAGCACCUUAGGGGAGAUGUUUGCCAUUCCUGAGUCAAUGAAAGAAGGUAACAAUGAAGACCUUCCUCAUUCCACUGAAUCAUUUGACGCAGAAGAUGCCUUGAAUGCACCUUCAGGAUUGCUGCCUUCAUUUGGGAUAAAUGACAAACAUCCUGAGGAAAAUUCCCAGCAGAACUUGUUGAGAUUUAAGCUUCUCCCAGUUUCUACUUUAGCUCAUAGAAUUCAUGAGUUUAAUGUUGGGACCUCUGGUUCCUCAAUGACCAAACCCAUUGUUCAAGCAGUGGUUCCCAAGUCAAAUAACAGGAAAUUAUCAUUCAAGGGUAUGGUCUCAAGUUUUUUCUUCCCUAAAAGCAAAAGACCUAGCAGAGACAAACCUUCUAGAGCUGCGUCUGUUUCUGAUGUUUUAUCAUCCUUCAAUGAUACUUUUGUACCACGGAUUGACGGUGGUACUCCUAAUGAAUCAUAUGACAGAUCAACUGAAAUGUUGAUGCUUCCAAUGGGUGUUUCCAAGGAAAAAUCUGGAACAUGUGGAAUCCAUACUGAAUACCAGGAUAAGUCUGUCCAUAAUUCAGCUUCAGAAGACAUGUUACUAUAUGAUGCCUAUGAUAGUUUGUCUGAGUCUUCAGGACCGAUGGCCGUUGCUGGAUGCCCAUCAGCAGUGUCUAGGUCUCCACUAAUCAAAUCUGUUGUUCGCUCGUUAUCACGUUGCACCUUUCACUUGGACUCGGAAUCAACAAAAUUGUCAAACCCUUUUAUGGUCUUCAUGAAGGCAGAUGAAGAGUAUGAGCAAUUUGCAUUUCUCCAGAAACUGCUAUCUUCCUCUGGAAUCAACAACAAUAACCAAAUGGUUUAUGGCGGGUGGUAUUCGCUAGAUUGUCCUUUGAAUCCGUCUCUACUGUCUGAGUCCCUGCACAUGGAAGACGGAGAAGAUAAAUGCCAGGAGAUGUGCUCAAGCAAAAGGCUGUUGUUCGAUUCCAUAAACACGGCAUUGUUGGACAUCGGGCAGCUCGUAUUAUUUACCACCACCUAUCCGUGGAACCAAGGACGGGUUCACGGACCUUGGAAAGACAGUAAAGGAGAUGCCACAGUGGCGGAGCAAGUCUGGGCAAUUGUUAAAAAAGGGUUAGCAGGUGACAAGUGGGUACCAAAGGAUCCCUGCAGCGGUAACAACAUGGUAGAUGGGUUGGUGAAGGAAGAGAUGGCAGGAAGGCAAUGGGAUGAAACAAGGUGGUUGGAAGUGUGUGAAUUCAGCAAGGAGAUUGGUGGGAAGGUGUUGGAGGAGUUGGUCGAAGAGUCUCUGUCUGAAUUAUCCCCUCAUUGACCUAUCCAGGGUAUCUCGUUCCCCAUUUUCUUGUGUAUUCUUUUCAGUGGCAUCCACUAUUGAAGGUUGCUAUUCUCUUUGUCCUUGACAGGGUACUACUGUAUUCCCUCAAUCCAACCCGAACCCCAACCUGUAAUGUGUGUGCAUUAUUUGAUACUUGGUGCUAAUUCAUUAAUGAGAGCUCUGUUUUUUUUUCUUCUAUUAUUA